GACUUGGUUCAAGGGCAAUUUUGUGGAGAUUGCUUGGAUAUGAGAUAUGGAGAGAUUGUGAUUGAAGCCAAACAAAAUCCUGAUUGGGUGUGCCCUGUUUGUCGAGGUAUCUGUAACUGCAGUGUCUGCUUGAAGAGGAAGACACAGGAUUUAAUGCAUGAUGAUAUCAACAAAGAAAUGGAGGAGGGAUACCUCAUGGGGAAAUAUGUGAAUUUCUUGGGUAGUGAGCAUGUUCCUGCAGAAGACGUGGGCAAGCUACAUGCUGCUACUAUUGCUUGUGAUGUUGAUGGGGAGACAAAGAAAGAUCCAAAAAUGAGUAUGAGGAUGAGUGGUACACUUGUUGGUGGAGAAGACAUAGGCAAGCUAGAUGCUGGUGGUGAUGUUGAUGGUGAAUCAUAUGAGGAACCAAGAAGGAGCACAAGGAUGAGUAUUGCACAUGUUGUUGCAGAAGACCUGGGUAACCUAGAAGCUGCUGGUGAUGUUGUUGAUGGUGAGACGAUAAAGGAACCAAGAAGGAGCACAAGGAUGAGGAGGAACUAAUCGUUUCUAGGUGACAAAUUUGACAUGAUUCCCUGAAGUAUUGCAAA